AUGGCGGUUGACAUGGAGAGCGAGAACUGGGAUGAGGACUUUCAAGGCGACUUCGCAACCUUCGCCGGGACAAGCAUAGGCACGGCGCACACGCAAACGAGCAUAUCUUCACGCCUGAGCGUACACUCGGAGUCUCUGGCGGGCGACGAUGACUGGAAUGUGGUGCUGGAGCCUAGCGACGAGCAAUCUACGCACAAGGCGAUUCAGUCCGCUCAGCAAGCCGGCAUUCCCUUGCCGAGCAAUGUCCCGUCGAGCGCAUUGCUGGGCGGCACUAUCAAAAGGCUUGGGAAGAAGAAGUCGCGACCGAAGAUGGGAGAUGACUGGGCGGGUGAUCUGGAAAUGCCUGAUAGCGCUCCAGGCGGGCUGCAGUUGAAGCAGCCGCAGACGUUGGUGCCCGACGCCGAUGACGAGAACUUCGACGACUUUGAUGAGUUAGAAGGCAGCUUGGGUAUUCGAUUUGCGGGCACGAACCGCGAUACGAGGAACCGCAGCUCUUCUGCUUCGGGCCCAAUGAGUCCUAGCCUUGGCUCUGCGACCGCAGAAAGCGACAUGGACGAUUUCGGCGGUCUGGAGCUACCGGAGGGUCCGAUGGACUUCAGCGCAAUCAUACUGAAGAAGCGACACGCUGCAGAAGCCGAGUUGUCUGAUCUAUCCCAGCCGUCUCCGGCUAUUGAGCACCCUUCGACAAUGAACGUGCAUAAGAAGUCGAAGCUAUUGUCUGACGACAAUGACGACUAUCUGAAUGACUUCGACCUUGGCGGAGGGAAUAUACUCAACAAUAGGAAGAUGAGACUUAACAAAAACCUCAAAAUCAAAGAUGCGAAGCCUGCCGUACCGGCUCAGCGACCGGCAACUACGAUCAACUUCCACGACAAGCCCACCGACAAGCCUGUGCACAUGCGCUCGCAUCUGCCGCGCCCUGUGUCCGGGACUAAGCCUGCAACUUCACGGCUGGAGCCCGUCCUCGAAAGCGGUGCGUCUAAUGUAACCCGCGAGCGGCGGCAGCCCACAACCACUGGUACUCAGCUCCUCCGCUCGAAGCGCUCCAUGCCCGUGCUACGUAACCAGACAUCAGCACCAGCAACGCAAAGGCCAUCUUUCAUCCCAGCCGGAGUGUCAACCCAUCAGAAUCAGUCCAGCUCUGCUCAGCGAGCGAUGCCUUACCACCUGCGGCGAGAGUCCGACCCUAAUAGGCAAGGUGCACAAUCGCCGCCACCUCGAGCACCCUCACGCCUGUCCAACGCAUACGUUCCAGAUACGCCAUCCAAGUCUGGUGCACGACUGCAGCGGAGAAACGACGCACCGGCAGCGCUUGCAAGAGAGGCUGCCACGAAGCGCAAUCUCACGAAGCCUGCGCGCAGGCGCAACUUCGGAGACGGCACUGAGCUUGAGGUUUUCGAUGAUCUACCUACGUCCACGGCGAAGGAGAGCAAAUUCCUUAAGGAGCCUGUGACACGACUAGGUACACUGAAACCCGGCCUUCGACACACGCAAAGCCGCACCGAUAUCCGGGAUCCAGUCAAGCGGCCAUUUGGGAUACCGGAACGAAUGAUGACGCCAGCGCCGCCGAGAACGCCAGUGAGUCCGACUAAAGGGUUCUUUGAGGGGCCACAGAAGAACACACCGAGCUAUCUGCGCGACACAGCUGCAAGUAGAAUUGCGCGCGAGUCGCGACUCGCCAAUAAUGCACGCCCACGCAGCUCUGGACCGCUUCAACAGAUGUCAACCAACUGGCAAGCUCAGAUCGCGGCACGGAGUCCGGCUGCGAGUCCAAGCGCGCAAAGGCAGAAAGGCAAGCGACCUCAACCGAGGCUGUAUAAGGAUACAUCGGGUUUUGAUAUGUCGCACAGUGAGUCCAAUAUGAUUUGGAACCCACAAAAGCUACAAUGGGAAGGCAACGAGAACGCGACAGCAGCAUUCGAGUUUCCACCGCCUUUGCAGACACCAACGCCUACUGGGCAUGUACAGACGUCCUACAUGGACCGGGGACCGCACAUGGCACCCUCAGCCUCUCCGCCCCGGCCCGCUCUCAUCGCACCCAUCUCUCAUGCUGCCGCCGGCGUUCAAGUGAACGGCGGCAUGGUCUUCGACCCACGCCAAAUGAAGUGGCUCAAGCUGAAAAAGGACGGCGGGCGCGAUCUCACUGGCCCUAUCUCACCCUCUGUGACCGACGGGGAGGACGAAGACGACUGUUUCGCGGGCAUUGAGGAUCUAAAGGAUGAGAACAUGCCUGCGCUUACGGGUGGCUCGAUUCGUGAUGGUGGAGGCAUGGCGAGUCCGGUUUCGAUGGCUGCAGCCGGGGCGGUGGAUGUGCAUGAGGAGUUCGAUUUGGGGCCGCAGUUUAUCCGGUUGCAGCGGGAGGAGGAGGCGAUUUGGAGGAGGAAGUGCGAGGGUUGGUUUGUUGGUGGGGUGGCGAGGGAGGAGGAUGACAGGUGGAGGUGGGUGAUCAGGGAGAUUGUUCCGCAGUGA